GCCGCCGCGUGAACAGCCUCGCCGCGCCUCAACUCCCCGGCGUCAGGAACCUUCUUCGGCGCCUGCUGUGAGUCGCCCCGCCGCUCGGCCCUGCGUGGCGCCCCGGACGAGGUCAGUGUCAGGGCGUGGCGGUGUGGUCGUCUUCACCGCGUCGCCGAGGCUGUCAUGUGAUGCCGUGGCGCCUCUUGUGACGGGUGUGACGGCUCUCCCCAUGGCACGAUGAAGACCCUGUGUGUGCCGCCGCCGCUCCUCCACUCCCUCCGCCCGCAGUGACGGCCUGAGAUUGUGUCGUCAGGAUGGACCGCGAGGCGAGGCCCUAAUCGGGAAGACAAGGAAAAGUAUUGUCAGGCAGUGAUCGCGCCCCACGUGUCUUGGUGACGCCGCCGCCACCCGCCGCCGGUGCUUGGCAGUCCGGUGGCGCAGCAGGAAGGCUCUAGGCACCAGCUCCCGGCGGCCUCGUGCCUGCGCCUCAGUGUGUCGUGCUAUCCGCUUCAAGUGAGUGCCGUGCUCUGGCCUCCAGCAGCGCGCCGGCCACGGCCCGCUGAAUUAUCGGUGUUUGUCCGCACGUGUGUCCGUGCGUGUGUGUCUGACGAGUGUCCGCGGCGCUGCGCCCAAGGAUGGGGUAGCCGCGGCCCCCGACACCCCCUGCCCAGCGCCAGGGACACGUUACUCUAGUGCCGCGAACAGUGUGCCCCGCCCCGCGCCCCGCCGCCCUGGCCAUGGGGCGGCGCUGCGGCCCCCAGUGCUGAGCGUUGAGUGCGUCGUGCUGCCGUUGUGGCGUCACUGAUCACCGUCUUGGCCGCGAUGGACGACUACCACGACAAGAGGUUCAUCCGCGCCCUCCGGGUCCCGCCCCCCGACAGGACCCAAGAGGAGCUGGACCUGAUCUACGGGUGUCUACGGGGCAUGGAGGCGUUGUGUUGGCUACGGGAGCCGGCGCUGCGUGCUCUGUGUCGCAGCGUACGAUACCAGGUCCACUACGCCAAUGACAUCCUCUACUGUCGCGGAGAGCUUGCCACCUGCUGGUUCAUCCUGCUCUCCGGCUCCGUCUUCAUCGAUGGCUCAAUGUUCCUCCCCCGAUCAAGGAGGAGGCUGUGGCUGAAUGGAUAGCGUGACGGCGCCGCGUUCAGGACGACGCGAGUUCAAUCCCCGCCCGGUGCCACCAAGCUGGGAUUUUUCAGCCGCCGCCGAGUGGCUUAAAACUACCCACAUGCCGUCCAGAAGACCACCUAUCAACCCGGACUCUAGAUUCUAGGAUUAAAGAUGAGCUCCGGGAGGGCAGCAUGAGCCAAUGCAAGAUGGCGCCACUAUAAACACUCGCCUGCCGACCAUCAGGACCCACCGGGAAGAAACCUACCGGCGCAAUAGGCCACGACGUAAAAAAAAAUAAUAAAUAAAUAAAUAAAUAAAUAAAUAAAAAGAAAGUGAAAUAAAAACACGGAACAUUAUGUGAAAUUAGAGAUAGUGAUUGUUCAUUGUUUGUUUAUCAUUUACAAACAGUAUAAUCGAUACAAUAAAAAAAAACAAUAAUAAUAAUGACAAUAAUAAUAAUAAUAAAAUAAAAAAUCAACGUUACUAAUGAUUGUUGAUAUUUUUUCAUCCCCUGUAAACAAUAUGAUUAAUACAAAGUUGAUAUGAGACAAAACAAAAGGAAAAGAAAGGAAGAAAUAAAUAUGCGUUUGGGUAGGCGGUGGCUGAGUGGUAGCGUGCGGGCCCAGCAUUCAUCACGCCAUGGACAACGUCGAUUCGAAUCCCCACGCUACCACCUGGGAUUUUUCAGUCACCGCCGAGUGGCCUAAGACUACCCACAUGCUGUCCUGAAGACCAUCCAUCAACCCGGACUCUAGAGGAAACCGUCCUUGUGAAUAAAAAAUGAGUUCCGGGGGGCAGCAUGAGCCAAGCGAGAUGGCACCACUAUAAACACUUGCCUGCCCCACAUC